AUGUUUGAAGAACCAACAAUUGAUGAAAAUAUAUUAUAUAGAAAUUUUGAAUUUGAUGAUUUAUACAAUGAAGACAAUAAUGAAGAACGUAGCUUUAGUGAAGAUAGUCCUGCGGAAGAUAAAAAUAAUACUACACCCUAG